AUGUCCUUCAGAAGAAGAAACGAGCCGCUCUCAGGAAAUGAUUCACGGCGCUUACCGCCCGUGACACCUUUGCCUGGAUCGAGGGCGCCUUCUGUUGGUGGCCCUGCUCCAGUUUUAAGGCCAAAUCAGGUUCCAUCGUCGAUGACUCUGUCGCCAUUUGCACCAAUUGAUCGCUCUGGCGCCACCCAUGUGAGAAAACCUGUUGCCGUGGUGCCAAAAAGCGCUUCUUUUGCUGAAAAUCCGGCCGUGAAACCCUCUUUGGUGACUUCUCAACCAACAGUCUCAACUGGAUGUGCUGAUUUGGAUAAGCUUCUAAUGCACCUGGGCCUUCCACUCUCCAACACUAUACUUAUUGAAGAGUCUGGAACCACAGAUUUUGCCUCCGUACUUCUCCGGGCCUUUGUUUCGCAGGGAGUGCUUCACAACCGUCUCAAAUCCGAAAGUGGAAGCGCAAGCACGCAUGUUAUCGCUAUAGGUGUUCCUUCAAGCUGGGCUCACGAUCUUCCGGGUGAAUAUAAGGGUACUUCGAAGGAACAGAAAAAGGCCCAAAUCAAACAAGACUCUGCCCAGGUCAGUGUUGCAAAUAUGGCAGAAAAGGACUUGAAAAUUGCCUGGCGAUACGGGCUCAACAAGAACACAAAGGAGACUUCUGAGGCUGAGGAUGUAAGUGAGGGUAUUUAUCUGUCGCAAUUCGAUAUUACCCAGCGCCUUGUUCCUGGCGCAGGCCCCCAAGAUAUAACAUAUGUCCCACUUGCACCUUCAUACGCUUCUGUCGCAGAGCAAGUCCGCAAAAUUGUCGAGCAGCACAACUCCAAGAACGAGCUAGUUCGUAUCGCCAUUCCCGGACUUCUCAAUCCUUCGAUAUACCCUCCGCAGUUCUGCACCUCUGGCUACAUAAUUCCGCUUAUACACAGCUUGAAAGCCAUUGUUGCCAGCACUCUGCUGGUAUUAAUGGCAUCCUUGCCGUUGGAUUUGUAUCCUCGUGAGUCUCUCAUCACUCACAUGCUCGAAACCGUCAUGGACGGUGUGAUCCAUCUUCAGCCUUUUAAUGCCGCCAUGACCGCAUUACUCGAGAGAGCUUACAAAAAUGAACCUGCAAAGGUGCAACAAGGUCUUGUGAACAUCUUAAAGAUCCCAGUGUUGUCUGCACGGGGAGUCAUGGCCAUAGCAAACGGUGAGUCUGCUUUUAAGAAUGGACGGAAGAGAUUUGCUAUAGAAGAAUGGGGUAUCCCUGUCGAGGACGGCGAUGAAGAUGACAAAAAAAUUGAUUUCUAG